AUGGCGACAUACGAAGACGACCAUAACCUCCCCGCCUCCUCCACCUCCUUAAAACCCGUCCCCCGCCGUCCCCGUCCCGACCUCUCAAACUUCUUCUCCUCCCUCUCCAUCAACCCAUCCACCGCAACUGGAUCCACAGAUACCACAGAACCAAUAGACCAAGCAUCAUCAGCAUUCACAUCCCUAGCUCGUGCAUGGCAACAAUCGAUAGAAGGCAAUGAAGUUCUAGAAAGCCUUAUUGAGCAGUUAAUCGAAGAAGGUCAGGGUGGUACCAGUGUUAAGGGCGUUGAUCAGCAUUUCUUGGACGGGCUGGAGAGGAUUCCGAAGAAGGAACUUGUGGAGGCGGAUACUUGUCCGAUUUGUAAUACGAGUUUUUUACUUGAUCAAUACCCUUUAGUCGUUCGUCUACCGUGUCAUAAGAGCCAUGUAUUCGAUUUGGAAUGUAUUAGUCCGUGGUUGAAGCUACAUACUACAUGUCCACUCGACCGUAUCGAUCUAACGAAGAAAAAGACACCUCCACCCCCUCCAGUAGACGAGGAAGAAGAAGAAUGGGAUGAUAACUACGGUUAA